AUGAUGUGGCGUACUCUCCCGACCGUCUUGGCCCUCGGCGCCCUGGCUGCCGUUGCCAACAGCGCUGUGACCCCGGCGACCUACUACGACAUCAUGGAGGUAAUUCCUGCGCUGUGCAAGUUGGCUGCAAUUUGGGCGCUCUUUGUACAUGCACCGUCUUUACCGCUGUCGGACAUGAUGAUUGAUCCUCGCUCCGUGUACGGCGCAUUUGGUAUUUUCAUCAAGAGCUGCGAUGACAAUUUCGGAAUCAGCAACCCCGGCGGCCUUGGUCCCGGUGGUGGCAAUUCUACCGAUGUCCGCGCCAACGCCCCAGAAUGGAUCCGUACCCUCUUCCACGACUGCGCCAGCUACGAUGCUAGCACUGGUACCGGCGGCUGCGACGCCUCUGUUCAGUUUGAGCUCUCCCGUGUCGAGAACCUCGGCUCUGCUAUCCACGAUACCAUCGCCAUCUUGCCCAAGCCUGCGGGUAUUUCAUUCGCCGACGUCCUCGUCGCCGCUGCGGUUUCGUCCAUCAAGGUCUGCGGUGGUCCCAUUGUGCCCGUUCGUUUCGGCCGCAUCGAUGCUACCGCUGCCGACAACCCGGCCUUCAACGUCCCUCUCGAGACCGAGAACAUCACCACCCACACCAACCAGUUCUCGCGCAUGGGCUUUACCAAGCAGGAGAUGAUCAGCCUGAUUGCUUGUGGGCACACUGUGGGGCGUGUCCACGGCGUUGACAAGCCUGCGCUUGUCAAUGGCCAAGACUCCGUUCCUUUCGACCACACACCCUUUGUUUUCGACACGGAUGUUGCUGUCAGCUAUCUGAACGGCACCACUCCCAACGCCCUUGUCAACGGACCCACUGCUGCCCAGCGAUCCGACUUUGACAUCUUCAACUCGGAUGGAAACGCCACCAUGAUCGGAUUCGCAAACAACCCCUCAAACUUUAUGAACACAUGUGCCGCCGUCUUCCAGAAGCUCACUGAGCGUGUUCCCAGCAAUGUCAAUCUUGGCCCGAUUCUCAACUUCCGAGCCAUUCGCUUCAGCGAUCUCACAGUCGAAGCCACCAGCACAACGUCGCAGGGUUUCAAUGGACGUGUCAAGAUCUUCUUCCCCGCCAAGAGCAACGUUCCAAACAUCACAAGCGCCGAGCUGCGAUACCUCGACAAGGAUGGUCAGUUUUCCUCCAGCCAGAUCUUCAGCCUCGGCGGACCUCAGCCAUCGAACACCAAUCUCGACAGUCCCUUUGGCGUCUUUUCGUGGAUCGGCUUCCAUCCUAGCGUCCCCGUUAGCUCCUCUGUUAGUUUGUUCUGGGCCACCGCAACUCUCUCGAACGGCACCGUCAUCUACACCAACGCCACCGCUACCGGCCUCACUGUUGCCAAGCAGCCCACCAACCCGGUUUAUUCGUCGAUUUCCAUCAACACUGCCCACAGCGGAUAUGGCGCCAACGGUGAUACCUACCAGCUUGGCGAAACUAGCCCCAGCCAUUUUGUCACCGUCGGCAUGACCACCGACCUGCCCGAAAGCUUCAACGGUGUUAACCUGAACUUUACUAUCGCUCUGCGCUCGACCCAGUCCGUGUCAACCUAUGGUGUCGAUACCGGCAUCUCGGUCUUCCGUCUCGGUCGCCUCGGAUACUCGUUCAAGAUCCCCAAUGGCGUUCCUGUCGGAACCUACCAAGUGACUGCUACGCUUGCGGGCUCUGCUGUUCGCAUCGGCGACGCUGCUGCCCAGAACAACCUGGUAGUCACCGACUCGACCGUCAUCACCGUCGUCAACCCUGCCGCCACCACCACUACCACCACCUCGGCCUCUCCCAGCAGCACCUCCACUUCCAUUGUCCUUGGCGGUCCAUGCACCAAGGUCGCUUCCUAUGGCUGCGAUGCGAAUACCCCCACGAUGAUUCUCACUUGCGACGGCACCCUUCACUGGGCCUAUUCCAACACUUGCCCCAGCCCGACCAAGUGCGCGAUCAACGGCGGCUGGGUUGGCUGCCUUUGA